AUGUCCGACCCAGAAGUCGAAUGUACCUAUGCGACCUGCUCAGUGAAAGAGCAAGGCAUGAUUGAGUACAUACCGGCAUUACCCGGGAACAUUGCGUAUGCCGGAAUCUUCUUCUUCAUCCUCAUGUUGCAGGUAUACUUCGGUAUCAGGUACAAGACAUGGGGCUUCCUCGCAGGCAUGGUGUGCGGACUCUCCCUCGAGAUUGCGGGCUACGCAGGCCGAGUCCUGCUCCACGACAAUGUAUUCGAGAAGACCAAUUUCAUCAUCUACCUCGUGGGGCUCACGAUCGGCCCGGCGUUCCUGUCUGCUUCGAUAUACCUCUGCCUCGGACGGAUCAUCACCAUCUUUGGGACGAGGCUGAGCCUGCUGAAGCCCAAGAUCAUCACGUGGAUUUUCAUCUUGGCCGACUCGUUGUCACUGAUACUACAGUCGGUUGGAGGCGCGCUAACAUCAAUGGCUGACGACGAGGCAAGUAAUCAACAAGGCGUUGAUAUCAUGAUAGCCGGGCUAUGGUCACAGGUCAUAUCGUUGAGCGUUUUCAUAAUCCUGUGCUCCCAUUUUGCUUUCAAUGUCCUCCGAUAUCCCCUCAAAAUCAAUCCACAGACGGUCUUCAUCAGGCAGACCAUCAUGUUCAAAUGCUUUCUACUAGCGAUUGGGACAGCGACCAUAACGAUCAUGAUCCGCUCCUGCUACCGCCUGGCCGAGCUUCAGGAAGGCUUUGAUGGGAAUCUGGCGAAUGACGAGGUCCUUUUCAUGAUCCUGGAGGGACCCAUGAUCAUCGCUGCUGUCGCCGUACUGACGAUCUGCCAUCCUGGUGUCGUGAUGGGCGCAGAUAUGUGGAAGAGCACUAGCUUCAGACACAAUGGGGCGGAGGAUGCGGUGGCCCCGUAUAAAGAGACUGAUGAGGACGAUAAUAUUGCUAUGGUUCCUGUUGCGAGGUACUCGAACACGAGCCUUGGUUUGGAGCGGACGAAGAAUUGGACUCCUGCUUGA